UGUGUGUGGGAGUGUUGAGGGGGGUGGAGGCUGAUGAAUGGUUCACUUCCUUCCUUCCCUACCUCCAUCUGGAUAUGAGAAGACAGCACUGGAAAUAGGAAAAGAAAGUGAGGAAAAGAACAUAGGCUGCGGGACUCCCAACGACAGAUAACAAUUCUAACAAGGAGCCGAGUUUUCAAAGGAAUCCAUGCGUGUCUAACAACUUUUCCUGAUAAGUCAGGACUUGUAGACUUACAGUAAUCUGUACAGAGCAAGUGAAACCAACCCAAAGUUAAACAUGUCACAGACAGACAUGUAUCUGCUGGUUGCCAUCGGAUGCCUCUGCUUUCUUCCUUCUGGUUUCCAUGCCGAAGAAUGUAUUGAAGAUGUUCUGGCAAAACGUGAGACACUUUAUGCACCAGCAGGGGGCAGUCUGUCCCUGUUCUGUGUGGUCCAGCACUGCGGACACAACUGGACAGGGGAGUGGGUGUGGAGAAAUUUGACAGAUGAAAAGUCAAGAGUUGUCAAAGAUGGUGACAGGUACCGGUUAACCAAUGUGAGUCUCUCAGCCAAUCAGACCAAAAUGCUUCUCACCUUUCUGAUUGUCAACAAGGUCGACGAAGGUUCCUAUGGAUGCAAGGUCUCAUGGGAUCAAUUGGGAACUGCUCUGGGGCAUGGGACGUACCUGAACAUCACUGCACCUGUUCCAUCUCAAAGGAACGUGUUGUACAGGAUUUUGAUCUAUGCCGGAGCUGUUUGUUGUCUUCCCAUCAUUCUGCUAUUGGCUCGUUGUCUGAGUUCUGAGAUUCAGCCUAAGCCAUGUCCAAGGACAGUGUUCAGACAUGCAACACAGUACACAGCUGUUUACAGAGCACGACCACAUCUGGCUCCACAGCCUCCACCUCGACGCCCGGUACCACAGAAACGUAGCACUUCCUCUCACAAAGCUCCUGCCAAACCCCAGCAGAAGAUUGAGGUGGUGUAUGCAGACAUUUCCAAGGAUGCACUGAAGCAAGAGCAAGCCAGCAGAGAGCCUACACAGUCCACUGUCUACUCAGCACUCAGGUUUCCUUGAUGCAGUAAAGUGGAGGAGAAAGAAGAAGAGUGGAGGGUUGUGUGAUGGUUAUUUAAGUGGUCUUUGCAUUUUGGAAAUGCUGUUUGCUCUUUGACGGGUUCAAAGAUAUCUCAUGGGGCCUGCGGACUUCCCUCUUGUGCUGGGUUCCAUCUUAGACAAUUGUUUGAUGUUGACUAACAUGACAGUUUCAAAUCAUCUUUGAGCCAAAUGCAAGACUUCCCCCUUUGAAAAGUCUGCAUUGAAAAAUGUAUCAACUCUCUGGACUCUCUGACAUGGACGUUAUGACUGUUACUGUGAAGUAGAAACCAAUUGUGAACGCAGCAUAAUGGACCCCAAGUGGAGCGAAUAAUGAGGAUAUAUUGUCUACCAGCUGAAUCACCCUGAGGUGCCGUAGAGAGAAGACAGACUUUAUUUUGACUCUGACUUCACUGCUUUUUUUUGUUUUUAU